AUGCGGUUUCAAAUCGCCUGUUGGUUUGCCCAUCGCAGUGGCCAGAAGAAUGACGUCAAGGAUAUCAAGAGGGUCUCUCCUGAGAAUCCUGUCAUCAUCCUCCUCGCCCCUGUGCAAAAAAAGCACAAGUCCCAAAUCAAUACUCAAUGCGCGAGGAAGAUGGUGUCUCAUGGAGUAAUGAAAGGUCGCGUCAACAUUGAACUGCGUCGAACCAUUGCCCGAACACUCUUCAACGAGUUGCUGGGUUACAAGCAAAUCAAGUGGGAGCGUAUGGCGAGGGGGGCUCGUGCAGCGGCGUCGAAGGAAUCGACCGAGGUUCUGAAUGGAGAGCUGUCAAAGAAUCCGGAGUCAAUGCAGAAGUGA